UCGGCGCUGCAGCAGGCGUAAGUCCUCGCCGGUCGUAAACCGUAUACUACAUUAUAAUAUUAUCAUAAAUUAUAUUUCAGACGUGCGUUUUCGAAACUGCAGAAUUCGAUUCGAAACUAAAUCAUUAUAUUAUAGUCCGUCGCCGUUUCGCCGCCGUCCGCGCCCGGGAGAUAGURUAUAUAUUGUUAUUAUAAUAUUAUAUUAUUGUUAUAAUAAUAAUAUAUAAACGCUCUCGUGGCUUGACCGAAGACCGUGGUGUGAACAAAAAAACUUAGGCGGACGGCGGCCGACCUCUUGUGCAACAUCGCUAUAGAUUACGCAGUGAYAUCCAUCCCGACUUCGUCUGCUUCCGUUUCCGAUUUAUAUCGAUUGCCGCUGUUUCGUAGUUCUCGUAUUGCCGCUGCUUCAGGAGGUGUUGACUCCGCUGGUCGUCUUCUUCGUUUUCAGGUGCCAUCGGGCCAGAUUCAGCCAAGAUGACCUCCUGGGAUUCAUAUCUAGCAGUAGCAACGUUUCUGUCAUCACCUGAAGAAUUUAUGGGAUGGUUCGUCGGAUUCGUUUCCUUAUUCAGUACAAACCUCUUAAGACCACUGAGGCUAGCGUUAACAUCAUCUAACAAAAAUGCAACCAAGAAUAGCAUGCUGUCGGUCAACGGGCCGAAGGGCACCAGACGAGAGGGCAAGAAGUUCAGACAAUACGCCGCCGCGCUGUCCACCACAAUCGGACCGUUCGCCGUGGGUACGGUGUUGGCGUGGACGUCACCGGUGCUGCCCAUGUUGCAGUCAGAGAACUCGAGGAUUCCGAUAACGGCCGACGAGGGGUCGUGGGUGGGUUCACUGAUCGCCAUCGGCGCCAUCAUCGGGUCCAUACCAGCCGGCAAGGGAGCGGACAUAUUCGGCCGGAAGCCCACCAUCGCCGCCUUGGCGGUGCCAUUCAUCAUCAGCUGGGCAAUGAUAUACUUCGCGACCAGCGUCUGGGAGCUGUACGUGGCCCGUCUGAUUGCCGGCGCCGUCAUCGGCGGAGUCACCGCCACCGUGCCAAUGUACAUCGGCGAGAUAGCCGAAAGCUCUAUCAGAGGUGAACUCGGCUCUUACAUCCAGGUGAAGGUGACGUUAGGCAUAUUAUACGUGUACGCCAUCGGACCUUUCGUGUCUUACGAAGGGUUGGCUGUCUUGUGCGGCAUCAUACCGGUGAUCAUGUUCGUCCUGGUCCUAUUGGUGGCACCAGAGACGCCCACGUACCUGUUGCGAUCCGGCAGGAGGAAGGAGGCAGAACAUUCGCUGGUMCUGUURCGCGGACAUGAGUACGACAUCGCCGGUGAGCUAGAGGAGUUGCAACAGCAGCUCGAGGAGGAGCAGAAGCGAAGCAGCAAGUUCAAGGAUCUAAUAUCGUCCAGGGCCACGGUCCGCGCUUCAAUCGCCGUCAUGGGGCUGCUUAGCUUCUUGUCAUUUUCGGGAAUCAACGUGCUCAUAUUUUACGCAGAGUCCAUAUUCAAGAGCAGCAGCAGCAGCAUUUCUCCACAAGUCAGCUCCAUCAUCAUCGGGGUCCUCCAAGUCAAGUUCACGUUCGCGUCCGCGCUGCUGGUUGACAAGGCCGGCCGUCGCGUGCUGUUGCUGAUCUCCGACUCGGUGAUGGCCGUGUGCCUGGGUUGCCUGGGCUACUUCUUCUGGCUUCAGGAGCACGCCGUCGACGUGUCCGCGUUCAGCCUGAUACCGUUGAUCAGYCUGGGCGUAUACAUCAGCACGUUCUCGCUGGGCUUCGGGCCCAUCCCGGGUGUCAUGAUGGGUGAGCUGUUCAGCCCGGACGUCAAGGGCCUAGCUUUGGGCAUCGUGUGCGUGAUCGCGUCCCUGCUCGAGUUCGUCGUCGUCAAGAUGUACCAGAACUUGUUGGACUGGUUCGACCACGGUAUCACGUUCUGGAUAUUCGCCGGGUUCUGCGUGCUGGGAACCGUGUUCGUGUGGUUCCUGGUGCCGGAGACCAAGAACAAGACGCUGCAGGAGAUCCAGAACGAACUCAGUGGCAAGAAGAAACCGAACAACCGGAAGGACAACCCGAAGGGCAACCGGAAGCACCAGAUGAUGGACUCACUGACCGGCGACCACGCCGCGAUCGUCUGAACACAAAUCAAAAAUAUAAUGCACAACACCGUCGCGCACGCGCACACGCAUACGCGCAGUAUAAUUAAUUCAUUAUACGACAUGAGUGAUAUAAGCGAUAGCUGCCUAUAUGUAUAUAUAUAUAUACAUAUUAUAAUUUAAUGUACUAAUAAAUUGUGUAGGGUUUGUGGUUGUGUGUGUGCGUGUGCGGGUGUGCGAUCGAGUCUUAUGAAAUGGGCGGGCGGGGUUUUUGAGGAAAACUAUAUUUUUUUACAUUUUUUCGACCCCACACAUUUUUUUUUUUUUAAUCAAAAACUGUUUUAAUAUCAAAUACA